AUGGUGAUGCCAAGGGUGCAAACAUCCUUUAUGCCAGUGGGGGAAGGAGGAGAGGUGAUGCCUCUUGUGUAUGACUUCCAGUACUGUGGCAAAGCUGCAGUCACGAAGGAUUUGGCUUACUUCUUCAAUGUGGAAGCACAACCCUCCGAAGCCGAAGAAGAGCGGCUGCUGCGACUCUACCAUUCGGAGCUGACAAAGCUUCUUGGAGCCCAGGGAGACGUCCCGCCCGAGCUCGCGGCGCUGAAAACCUCGCUGGAGCUUGCACUUUGCGAUUGGCGACGCUUUUCGGAGAUUGGCCUUGGAGGCUGGGGCGAUGAGGCCAGACAUCGAGUGCAGAAGGUCCUCGACCGGCUCGACGGUGGCCGUGCGCUGCCCAAAGAAGAAGCCUAUAUUGACGCGAUGCAAAGGGAGUACCCCGCAUCACGCAACUCUCGACUUCGUUCGUUGACACCGCCGACCCAGCGCGAGGCUGAGCGCGUUGCCGCGACGAACGAUGAUGCUGACGGCUCCAGUGACAGUGAGGUGCUGGAGCUGGUCGAGACGGUUCGGAAUCGGGCCACUACAUGGAGCCAUGAGGCCCACAAGAGCAUCAUGGAGAAGCUUGGCAUCCAGCUGCACGAAGGUGCUGAUGUUUCCUCCCCACGAGCGACUUUGCAAGUGCGACGCUGGGAGCUCAGCAAGAAAGCCAAGAUGGGCAUGGAAAAGACCAACUUCAUGGUGGUUUUUCCUAUCAUGCAGCUCGUCUUCUCACUUCCCGGGAUCAUCGGGGCCUUCGUUGCGAUCAGGCAGAGCCCCUUUGUGCAGGGCCGUGUUGAGAGCAUUGCGAUCAUGAGCGCGGGCCCUUUGUACCUUUCAGUCUUCUUCAUGAGAAUCACACUUGGGCUGAUGCAAGCAAGCCUUGGCAAUGCCCGACGAGACAGUGGCAUAAAUGUGCCGGACCAGCAUGCCUACAAGGUGGUUGGCGGGACCGCUGAUGGGGCACUGGUCCUCAUGGAUGACACAGAACCGUUCGGGCGUUUCAACCGAGCUCAACGUGCAGUCCAGAAUCACAUGGAGCAGGUCUUCCCCAUGGUCUUGGAGUUCUUUCUGUCCGGCUACGUCUUCCCUUGGACAACGGCGGCUCUGGCUUCUGGCUGGGCUGGCCUGCGCUGCUGGGGUGCCUUAUCGUAUGCCGACGAUCGCAUGGCCCGGAUCAAGGGCAACCUCCCCUCCAAUGUCUUCUUGGGCUCGAUGGCGGGCAUCGUCGUCACAACUGGGGUCUUCGCCAGCUUGAAGUGA